UAAAAGCUUGAACCCAUUUGUCGUUAUAUGUUUCUGUUCGAGGCAGUUUCCUGUAAUUAUUCUUUAUUUUAAGUAGCAUUUUCUUGGGUGUUGACUCCACGAUUACUAAUCUAUUGAGUGUACAAAAUGGAGAAAGGUUCUUCUGCACCAACAACAGACUUGCGAGAAGGUGGUAACGAAUUUUCCGACAUCUCUCUUCGUCCAUUCGAGGUCUCCGAUGUCGAUGAUUUCAUGGUCUGGGCUUCUGAUGAGAGAGUGUAUCAUUUUUGUACUUUCCAUCCUUACACUAGCAAAGAAGAUGGCAUAGACUAUAUAAAAAACACUGCUAUACCCCACCCAUGGUUGAGGGCAAUAUGCCUUAACAACAGGCCUAUUGGUUCCAUUUCAGUGACAAAGAAUUCAGGUAGUGAUAUAUGCAGAGGUGAACUUGGCUAUGUUCUGGCUGCCCAAUACUGGGGCAAGGGGAUUGCAACAAGGGCAGUGAAAAUGGUGGCCAAAACCAUUUUUAGCCAACGGCCAGAAAUGGAGAGACUUGAAGCCUUGGUAGAUGUAGAAAACGUGGGCUCUCAAAGGGUACUAGAGAAAGCUGGCUUCAUGAGAGAAGGUGUCCUAAGAAAGUAUUUUAUUCGGAAGGGAAGGUCUAGAGAUACGGUGAUGUUUAGUCUUCUUUCUACUGAUCCUGUAAUUUGAUUGUUAUUGUUUGCGCAAAAUUUGUCUAGAUUUUUAAGUGAAUAAUUAAUGUAUGAAAGAUAUUGUGAAAUCAUAUGUCAAUUUUAAAUACGAUUACUAGAUUAUCAUGUA